GAACAAGAGGAUUUGAAUGUGAAGAAGAAGAAGAUCUUUGUUGCUGGAGCCACUGGAAGCACUGGGAAGAGGAUCGUUGAGCAGUUGCUGAAAAAGGGUUUUUCUGUCAAGGCUGGGGUUAGAGACUUAGACAAGGCCAGGGCCUCACUUUCCUCUAACAACCCCUCUCUUCAAUUUGUAAAAGCGGAUGUCACAGAAGGUUCUGACAAGCUAGCUGAAGCAAUUGGUGAUGAUUCGGAUGCAGUAGUAUGCGCCACGGGCUUUCGGCCAGGGUGGGAUUUGCUUGCUCCAUGGAAGGUUGACAAUUUUGGCACAGUAAACCUAGUCGAAGCAUGCAGGAAACGUAAUGUUAACAGAUUCAUUCUUAUCAGUUCCAUCUUAGUCAAUGGAGCAGCAAUGGGACAGCUACUUAAUCCAGCUUAUAUCUUUCUCAAUGUUUUUGGACUCACCUUAGUAGCAAAACUACAAGCAGAACAAUAUAUCAGGAAAUCCGGCAUAAAUUACACGAUAAUUAGACCUGGUGGUUUGAAAAACGAUCCUCCUUCUGGAAACGUUGUUAUGGAACCAGAGGAUACUCUUUCUGAGGGUUCCAUAUCCAGAGAUCAAGUUGCAGAGGUAGCUGUGGAGGCAUUGGUUUAUCCUGAGGCAUCUUAUAAAGUUGUGGAGAUAGUGGCUCGCCCUGAUGCUCCUAAGCGCUCGUAUCAUGAUCUUUUUGGUUCCAUAUGACAGCAAUGACUUCUCAAUAUUGCAGACUGGCGAAUUAGUUUUGGGGUUCUUUUGCUUUCUUGUAACAAAUAUCAUGUCUUACUGUCAUCUCUUCCCACGUUUGUUGCUUCACCUAAUUGGUGUGGAAGAAUGAUAUGUGUAUAUAUUUAGACAUAUAUUUUUUUUUACUGUGUAUGAGUUAAGGCGGAAUCAUUGAUAAAGAAUUCACUUUGAGUACUCUUUAUCCAACAUUUUCCAGAUUUAGAUUCUUAGGAGUUUCUUGAA